AUGGCAAAGUUAUCCUCGGGUGAAGAUGUAGUUGCUCAGAUCGAUAAGCAAUAUGUUAUCCUCAAAAAGAACGAAUACGUUCUCAACAAAACACAAUUGCAACUGCUUGAGAAAGUCAUCCACCUUCUAACUGAUAAGGAAAACCUUGACAAGACCCUUUCAGACAAUCAAAAGCAGAGGAAAAACAGAGCGCGCCAAUUCCUUCGCAGCACGGCUAAUAAGUCGGGCGUCGAGGCAGCUCUUCUAUGCAUCAUUACCUUUCCAAUCACAAAGCUAGCCGAUACGGUGAAUACAUGUCAGCCGGCGAUUUCAUCAUGGUGGGAAUUAUUUCAGGUACCACCCAAGCUGCAGGAUCUGGCCAACGAUCUGCUGGGAAUGUACCGUACACAAUUAGGCUUGGACGACGGACUCGACACCUCAACACUGUCUUCAGAUGUGCCAUCGUAUGGCAAUAAGAGAAGUUUAUCCAAGGCGACACAUGUGUCCGACCAACGACCCGCAAAGAGACGUGAUGUGAAGCAGUCCGCAGAGGAGCUGGUUCACCAGACGCAGAAUGACGCGACAAUAGCCGAAGUCAAUGCCGAGGAUGAGCAGUGUCGCGGACAUGUUGAAAACGAAAUGGAGCCUGCCGGGCGAACCAAGAUGGAAACCGCGCCACUCGAUAUUCCUGCAAAUGGCACACUGCUCGAUGGAGUAUCGUACAAGAUCACGCUGGAAGAUGUUCUGCUGAUAUUGAGCCUUGAGAAACCUAACUGCACGCUUCUAAUGCCGAACCUCCCAUCUAUCAGCCCCUUUGUGAUAUUCAACUCUUCAGUGGAUUUAUCGAGCAGUAUUACCACCAAACGCGAAAGGCAGGAAGACGAGUUUAUUUAG